AUGCCGAACUGUUGCCUACAAGCGCCCAGCAACGGAGUCUUACCGACAAAGUCCCCUGUCAAAGUUCUUGUUCCCCACGUUGUAGUGGCAGCUGAGUACGCAACAACAAAAGGAACAAAAGAAAGCAGAGGUGGGCUUCAUAUUGAGGGCGAGCCCAGAGACACUUGUGAUCAAGCAUCUUCGCGUUGCACCUCUUCAAAUGCACAGUUUGAAAUCAGCACAACUACUACUGAAGCACUAUUCGAUGGUUCCGCACUAAUCACUACCGACGGUCGACCCACUGAGCAACCUUCAGCCCAGAGCGAGAGUCAAGAGGUAGGCAAGUCAUCAACAUUUACCUGCCACACAUGCUUUGCAACGUUCAGCAAUCCAUCAACGCUGCAAGUACAUGCAAAGCGUUGCACAGGUGAAGGGUUGCACAAGGCUAUGGUGCUCGCACUUGCAUCCUUAUCGAGUGCACACAAGUGCAAUCUCUACCCUGCUGAGUCCAGCAAUAGUAUGUGCCUGCAGAGUCACAGUCACACACUCACAAUCAAGAAGCCCUACAAGUGCGAUCACUGUAAUGCACAGUUCACCCGUAAGUCGAACCUGUUGCAUCACAAGCGAAAGUAUACGGGCGAGAAGCCCUAUAAGUGCGACCUCUGUCCUGCAGAGUUCAGCAAGUUUGCAACGCUGCGAGAUCACAAGAGAACACAUACGAACGAGAGGCCAUACAAGUGCGAUCUCUGUCCUGCGCGGUUCACCAACAUCAUGAGUCUGUCAUAUCACAAGAGGAAACACACGGACGACAAUCCGUGUAAGUGCGAUCUCAGUACUGCCGAGUUCGGCCAGUGCACAAACCCAUCGUGCCACAAGCGAAAACACAUCGUCGAGAAGCUCUACAAGUGCGAUCUCUGUACUGCGGAGUUGACCUCUAGGAGGGGCUUGUUGCUCCACAAGCGAAAACACACUGGGGAGAGGCCACAUAAGUGCGAUGUGUGUACUGUAGCAUUCAGCUGUGGCUCGAGCCUGUCGCGCCACAAGCGGAUACACACGGGCGAGACGCCAUACAAGUGUAAUCUCUGCCCUGCAGAGUUCAACCGCAGGACGACACUGGUACGUCACAACCUCACACACACAGGAAUAAAGCCGCACAAGUGCGAUCUCUGCCCUGCAGCGUUCAUCAAUAGCACGAAUCUGCAGUAUCACAAGCGAAAACACAGGCUUCGUCGCUGCGACACCGGCGAAGAGACUGGGCCAGUUCACAUCUCGGACCUGAAGUCUUACCAUCUCCGAGACCCGGACGGAGAGGAGGCCGAUUUGCAACCUGCCUCCCUCCAGGACCUGGACCCGGAUCCCGUUCCCGUACCUGCGUCCAGCCGCUACGACUUGCAUCCCCGCAGGCGGCGCACGUAG